CUUUGAAACAUACUGAAUUUUUGCAAUUAAAAUUUAUUAGUAAACACCAUUUGCUACAAAUAAACAGUUAUUGAAGACAUGCAGAUGGUUCACAAUCACAUGUUGAACAUGUACAAUGCCCCCAAUGCACUAGGUACUGUACAGUACAUAUGUUGAUGUAGUGGAGUUGUUUAGCUGUUCAGGUAGUUCCCAAAAAGUCCACAGCACAUGAGAUGGUCAGAAUACUUCCCAGAGUUCUUUCCACCAGAAGAAACCAAUAAUGAUAAACAUGAUGAUCAUAGAGACUUGCCAGAGAACCACAGACAUGAAGUUGAGUUUGCUGAUAUUGGAUGUGGUUAUGGAGGAUUGCUAGUUGCACUGUCUCCAAUGUUUCCUGACAAGCUGAUGGUUGGUAUGGAGAUCCGUGUGAAGGUUUCCGACUAUGUCAAGGACAGAAUCACUGCCCUCAGGACCCAGAAUCCAGGACAGUACCAAAAUAUAGCCUGCCUCAGGACCAAUGCUAUGAAAUACUUACCUAACUAUUUUCGUAAAGGACAGCUUUCUAAGAUGUUUUUCCUAUUCCCUGAUCCACAUUUUAAAAAGACAAAGCACAAAUGGAGAAUUAUUAGCACAACACUGUUAGCAGAAUAUGCAUACGUUUUGAGAGAAGAGGGGAUAGUCUACACCAUCACUGAUGUUGAGGAAGUGCAUACGUGGAUGGUCCAACACUUCAGUGACCACCCUCUCUUUGAAAGGAUGACCACAGAACAAUUGAAAGAUGACCCCGUUGUGGAGAAGUUAUAUGAAAGCACAGAGGAAGGAAAGAAAGUGACAAGAAACAAAGGGGACAAAUUUUUAGCAGUAUUUAAAAGAAUGUCUGAUCCAUACUACAUACAAAAUAAUACUUGACAUGUUUGACUUGGUUGAUAAUGUACUGAUUAAAAGUUUUAUGAGAGAGUUUCUAUCCCCAAAAAAUAAUGGAUAUGUAUAAAAAGUUGAAUCUCGAAAUGUUCUACUAGCCAUGUCUGUAUUAGAUUGAUACUAAAGACAGAAAUCUUGUUAAAAAAUUCAAAAGCAGAUAUCUGCCUGCAAAUAACAUUUGGAAUGUUCAUUCAAAUUUCAGAUGAGACUCAAUUAUUGGCUACAGAAGACUGAUUUCCAAAAUAAGCACCAGUUAGCUUUUUAUAUCCAUGGUUUCAUAUAACAAAAAUAAUAUUAUUUUUAUAUUGCUUGUUAAACAUGAUAUAUUGUUAAAUUCAUGGAGUUUUCACACACAAUAAUACUAUACUUGGAAUCCUGUAUUAUAAGUAUUUGUGCAGCAGUGAAGGUAUUUUUACAGUAUACUGUACAAUAACAAAUUUGACAUUUAAUUUUAA